GAAUCAUAGCAACCAGCAUGGCGACGGAGUAGCGUUGCUUCGCCUCUCAUCUGCUUAAGCUAGUUUAGGCUGCUACUUUUACGUUAAUUGAUCUUUUUUUUUUUCCGUCAACAUGUUUACAGUGAAGUACACUGACGUUUCUGGAUAUAUCCGUGCUCUGCCGUCGCUGCAUCGGAAUACUUCUGCGGAAAAUGGGAUACGCUGAGUGUAGCGUUAUCAUGGACUCGAGAAUAGAGAGUGUAUCAUCUGGACUGGGGUGCAGUCCCUCUACAAGAGGACAGAGUCUAAAAAGUAGCCCUUUCUGUCCUCGCUCCUCCAGCAAGUUGACACAGUCCAUCAUUAAGGACCACAUGGUGUCUCAUUACAAGAAAGUUUACUCGGCGAAAGCUGCCGUUGAUGCCUCAGUACCGAAAAGCCUGCUGUAUAGUGUGAAGUACAAUGACCAAAUCAGACAGGAGCGGCUGAGGAAAGGGGGUCGUCCCCAUUCUGCUCAGUCUCUCUCACAGAGGACCAGCAGAACUUCCUGCUCCUCAGCCCAGAGUAGAUUAUCUGUGCAGUAUGAUGACAGCCCCUACCUCUGUUCGAGGAGCUCCAUGGUGUCCAGUCCGAGGUUCAGCACCAGCUUUAAUGCCAAGCAGAUAGUUUAUCCAUCCUGUAAAGUCAAUUCUCAUCACAUCCGCCCGGCAUCAGAAAUUGAGUACCGAAGUCCAGAGGCAGCUGUUAGGAGAAAGCAGUCGACAUGUUCACUGGGAGCUUCAGGAGAUCAGAGUUGCUACAAGACAUUCCAGGACCCUGUCCAGAAGACUUACAGCGGAGACUUGCUCCAGAAACAUUCACAGCACUUUACCGGAGUCAAACCAUUCACUCCCAAGACUCUGAAAUCAGAUAAGAGUUCAUAUCUGUCAAAAUAUCGCUAUUACAGAGCACCACAAGGGAAACCUACUCAGGAUUGUGGCAGCUCAAGACUGAAGCGACAGGAGACGUAUCAUGGAAGCACAAAAAACAAGGAACACACACGGGAAUUUGAUGAGCCAUCUCAGGAAUUUAUUACAGAGCAUGAGUGGUCUGAGGAUGAGUUCAAUGGCACAUAUUUAUCAUCAUCAAGGCAUCAGAGUCGAGCAGCCAAGAGCAGAGAGCGUUACUUCUUUGACUCCUCACCAAGGUUCUCGCCAGAACGAGGAAAAUCUCCCAAUUUGAGGAAUAUAUCGGCAGAGGAAGAAGAAUUGAUGUACCUUGAAUUCAUUUCUGCUGUAACAGAGGAUAUCUUGUCCAGGGGGCAUAUCUCUGAAAGGGUCCUAGACCGGGUGAUAAACCGACAUAUUGACAUGAAUCUACAUAAGCUUGAUGAGGGUAAAAUGCGCCAUCUUCUGGAAGUGCUGCGUAAAGAUUUUGAAGAACCAGCCAACAUCUCCAGUACACAGCUUGAAAAAAAGAACGAUCUGCUCGAUACACUGCUGCCAUAUCUGGAAUCAGGGGGGAAACAAGUAAAAACCAAAGAAAACAAUGACUUGUUCCCUUAUGCGUCACUGAUCAAAAGCUACGAUUGUCCAGAUUAUGCUCAUCCCUUGCUGCUGUCUACACCUCUUCAUUCUCCGGAAACAACAACUUUGGCAACUGAAAUAAAUGAAAACCACAAGGAGGGUGAUGAGGAUGAGGAAAAGGGCUCGCCUUUGCUGAGUGAGCACGUUACCGAUAACACAGGAAACAGUGAGGAGGACUUCCGGCACAUUGACACAGCUGCAACCUGCUGUGUCAGCAAUGAAAACCAUGAGUACGCCAACACAAACGAUCAAGAACAACCCGAGAACCGUUCCGAUGGACAAUGUGAGGAGCUGGAGGAUCUGGGAAGACGUUUGUCAGAGUCGCUGCAUGUGUCUAGCAAUACACACUGUGAAAAUACAGAGACUGUCAGUGAGCAACAUACAAAUACAGUCGCUUCUGUCAGUGAUGAUGAGUUCUAACUUUUGCUGUAUUCAGGGAUUGAAUGCUCAGGGGUGUUUGGUUACCAGAAUAUUGUUGCUACAGAGAUGAAUGUAAUAUGUGGAAUUUCUAAAAGUUUAGUUUUGUAUAUAAACACUAUUUUCCAUGUUUUGUAAGCACCACUGAAAAGGUGUUGUAGUAAUUUGGAUUUUUUAAAAGAUAUUUUUUACAAAAGCGUGCAAUGAAAAUGUCACACAAGUAAACCAGAGACUGGAAUGUCUUAUUUUGUAAAAUGGUUACACAUGACCGAUGCUGCAACCCAAUUUCAGAAUGAUGCUCUUGAAGUUUAAAAUUAUUACCCCAUAGUGUUAUGAUUUAUGGAUUUGCAAAAGGAUAGAUGUGUGGAAUUCGUGGCAUCCUUUCAUUUGACAGUGAAUUGCAAGUGAUGUAGCUGCAGUUAACAUUUUCAGACCGUAGAAACAAAUCUCUGAUAAGAAAAUGUAGCCUACAUUUGUUAAAUGUGUUUGAGUUGACAUAAACCUCUGACAUGUAGCUAAUAGGAGUUGACUGUCACCAGAAAGUGUCUUUUCAAUUGCAAUAAAUUUCCUAUUCUUCUUCUCUUG